CUACAAACUACAAACUAUCUUGGUUUUUGCAUAGUUUAUUGGUUCAAGGAGAAGUAGAUUGCUUCUCAGAAUCUUAUUCCUUCACAUGGCGACUGUAGCGUCUCUCAAAUAUCCGCAUGAGAGUCUUAAGUUCAGUCCACAAAUAUUAGUAAUCAUAAACUUGAAUAAUUCUUCUAGUAGCACAAGUCUCAUGAAGCUAGUAGGGUAUGACUAUUUUCAUCAUUUUCUUUAAUUGGCGUGCUAGCUAGGAAAUUAAGCAAAUCCAUCAUCCUCUCCAUCAGUAGCGAAUUCGUCACCCUUUCAUGGCUAAACGACCUUCCACGGUAGAAGUUGUUGCUCGCUACCAUGUUUCUCCACCACCAAAUUCAGCCCCACCAACCUCUCUUCCUCUAACUUUCUUCGACAUACCUUGGCUUUGCUUCUCUGCAAGCCAACCUCUCUUCUUCUACAAGUAUCCUUUCCCUACUAAUCACUUUUUAUCCACCACUCUUCCGACACUCGUACACUCCCUCUCCCUCACGCUACAACACUUCUUCGCUUUGGCUGGCAGCCUCGUGUGGCCACCGGAUUCAUUCAAACCUCUAAUUGUUUACAAUGAAGGUAACCACGUCCCCUUGGUUGUUGCUGAAUCUGACGGAGAUUUCUUUCACUUCUCUGGAAAUCAUCAGCGAUGUGUUAACGAGUUUUAUCCACUACUUCCCCAGUUGCCAAGCAGGGCAUCAGGAAGCAAACACGAAAUCCCCUUACUUGCCGCACAAAUCACCAUUUUCUCUAAUUCUGGCAUAUGCAUAGGAUUUGCAUACCAUCAUGUGGUUGCUGAUGGCAGGACCUUCAACAGCUUCAUCAAGACAUGGGCAUCGCUUUUCAGAGACCCUUCUUUCUUAAUCAAGUCACUGCCCUUUUAUGACCGGACGGUCGUUAAAGAUACUCGCGGGCUUGAAUCGAUUUUCUUGAACGAUUGGAGCAACCGAAAAUCUUCUCAAGAGACGGCCAUAGGUGUUGUCACUCGGGUGACUAAUUUGUCUGACUCUGACAUGGUUCGAGCCACUUUCCUUAUGUGCCCUGGUGAUAUGGAGACGAUUAAACAAUGGAUUGUUACUCAAUGUAAGCUGAAGAACAAGGCCCAACCUCCCUAUUUAACCCCUUCUAAUUUAACUUGUGCUUUUGUUUGGGUUUGUUUGAUAAAAGCACAAGAGAAAGUUAAUGGGAAAUUAUUUGGUAAGAAUCCAAGUUACUUCGGCUUCAAUGCGGGUGGUAUUACCCGGUUAGACUAUCCUGUACCAACUACUUAUUUUGGUAACUGCAUCGGCUUUGCUCGAACAAUGGCGAUUCAACGUGAGCUUUGCGGAGAGGAUGGCAUUGUCGUUGCAGCAAAUAUGAUCGGAAACAGAGUCAAGGAAUUGGACGACGGAGUUCUUGCGGGGGCAGAAACUUGGAUAUCAGAUUGGGCGGUGUUUUAUGAAUCAGAGUCCCAUGUUAUGGUUACCGGGUCCCCGAAACUGGAUUUCUAUGACACUGAUUUCGGGUGGGGGAGGCCUAAGAAAAUAGAGGAAAUUUCAAUUGAUAAUGCCAAUGCCAUUUCGUUCACCGAAAGCAGAGAUGUGAAAGGCGGUGUUGAGUGUUUCGGGUGUUUGCUCAAAGAGAUACAGAUAAAUCUUCUGACAAUGGCUGCUUCCAAAGCAUUCGCUGCCGUUCUUGUGAUUGCAAUGUUAUCUGCCAUUGCUUCAGCUCAAGAUUUUGGGGCUGCAUCAGCACCAUCCCCAUCCAUGGACAAGGGAGCCGCCUAUUCCCUUGGGAUGUCUGGGGCUGUCAUAUGCUCCUCUCUCUUGUUGUCUGCGCUUGCUCUUUUGAGGCAGUAAUUACAUAAUUAAAGCAUGGAACUGUAUCUGCUUUCUCCUCAGGCCGGCCAGGGCUGAGGGCAUUGGGUUUGUUUAUAUGUUUUUGGUGGAUGGGAUUCGUACACACAUUUUUUUGAUUGGGAGUUGAGAGCUUCUUUUUGAUGAGUUGGGGAUUUGUUUUCCAUCUACCUCAUUUAUUUAGACAGUAGAAGAAUAAAGAGAUCCUCAUCAUGGAUAACAUAUGUAUUGUUAUUGUUUUUGGUGAUUUAUGUACGUACACACAUUUGUAUUACUUACAGUUACAGAGAUCAUAUUAUUAAUUGGUUAUUAUAAUUUCUAGCGGUA